AGCGGCGUUGGAAGCUAGCGGUAGCGAGGCCGCGCUUGGGGUCUAGCGGCUCAGCGUCCCCGCGGCCUGAGGCGUCAUCUAGCGUGGGCGCUCACGCAGGGUGGGUCGCGCGGCGCAGGGCGAGAGGGAAGUCGUGGCGGCGGCGUCGGGAACAGCAGCAGCGGCGGGAGCGUGGUGCUGACAGGCCGUGGGGAGACAUGGGAGACCCAGGGCCGGAGAUAAUAGAAUCUGUCCCACCAGCUGGGCCUGAGGCAUCUGAGUCGACGACGCCGGAUGAGAAUGAGGAUGACAUUCAGUUUGUUAGUGAAGGACCAUUAAGACCUGUUCUUGAAUAUAUUGAUCUGGUCAGCAGUGAUGAUGAAGAGCCUAGUACCUCUCAUAGUGAUAGAAUGCCUGAAUCUAAGGUGCCACCCUCUGAGAAUCAUCGCCCAGAAAUGUGCUCUAGCUGCAGUGUUCCUCUUCCCAUUGGAGACAGCAGCUCCUCCUCUGGGAGUUGUGCCAACAGUCCGCAAAGAAUGGUUUCUCAACCCUCUUCUGUUGAGAACCAAUUGGAGAACCAGAAAAAUGAUCAAAAUAAUUCAGAUAUUAAUAUCUCUGAAACAGAGACACUUAAAUCACAAAAUUGUCAGACUCUGCCUUCAUCAUCACUUCUGGUCCCCCAAGAGUCUUUGGCUUUUUCUGAGGUCAAAGAAGAUUUACCUAUCACGAUGUCUUCAGCUUCACAGAAUGGACAGGAUGCCAUCCUGUAUCUCCAGACACAAGUGGCUGAGAUGUCCCGAGUCAUACGUGAUCUGCAGUCCAGGAGUUGUUUUAGAUUUCAUCAUUCUAGGCCAAGUGAGAACUCGUCUGUUCCUUGGGAUAUCUCCACCUCUAAGGAGGACAGUUUAUCCACAGUUGAAGAAGAGACUGACUGCAAGUCUCCAUCAGCUGAUGACAAAGGGCAGCCAGCUGACCCCAUGCAGUCGAGUUUCACGGGUCUUUUGAAGAGAAUGGAACAAAGAGGUGUUAUAAAGAGGGUGACAUUACAGUCUGAAGCCGACACAUGUGAGGGGAAGCCUGAUUGGAUGACCUCUAAAAAACGUUUGGUUCCUCCUUUGCAUCCACUUUUGAGAAUUGCCACCACUGAAGUUUUUAAAGACCCUGCUGAUUGCCAUCCUUCUUCCUUCAUGGGACACAGGGUAUAUCCUGUGGCCAAGGACACAUCUCCUUUUCAGCCAAAUCCACCAGCUGAGGGACCCAUUAUAGAUGUACUAGAACAUAGCAAAAGAGGAAACACAACAUCUCCUUUAGACUCUACCUCAAAGGAAAUGGAAGUCAUGGGCUGUAGGUUCUACCACGCUGCUUCCAUUGCAGCCCGAGCUGCCAGCUAUAUGGCCUAUAUGACUCAGUAUCAGCGUAAACUCUGGGAAGACAUGGAAGAUCUGGUUCAUGAUCCAGAGUUUGAUCGUGGAAAAGCAAGGUGUAUAAUAUCUGAUGGCAUGGAUGCAGGACUUUGGCAGCUUUGUACCACCAGGGACAUAAUGGACUCUGUAGUCAGAGUUAUGGCCAUGGCAGUAGACUAUAGAAGACAAGCCUGGCUUCGACUCACAUCUCUCACUAAGAAAACCCAGGAGAAGAUCUUACACUUGCCCUUUGAUGGUACAUCUCUUUUUGGACAAGAUGUGAAUGCUAUUGUUGCAGAAGACAAUAGUAUUAAAGAAAAUGAAUAUAAAGAUCACAAUAAAUACUAUACUCAGCAUCGAUACUUUUAUAGUCAUGAUCAGAAAGCACAUUAUCACAACAGAGGGUACUCCAAAGGGGAUUGGUACAAACCCCGGAAUCACCCUUAUAGAUACAGAAAAAAGGGAGACUCUCCAGAGCGACAUGGGUAUAAAAAUUAAUACUCUGGAUGUUUAGCAGAUUAGCCUUCCAAGAUACUAUUUUACCUGUUCUUCCCCAGGUUGGGGGUCAUCUCAGAAAAUGAGUGCAUGUCUGGAAUAAUCACAGCUGAUGUUUGAGUUCUAGACUUUUGGAAUGAAGUAUAUACUAAAAAGACUUAAGCUUUAUUGGCCAAAUGGAGACUUUGCUCUAAGGAGUAUUGGACAGAGGUUUGCCCAUUAUUUUUGUUCCAAAAUAAGUCCAGAGAAAGGUACUCAGGAAUCUGAAUCUUCUGGAAUUAAAGGAAAAUAUGUAGAUUCAUGCCUCAGGAAAAUCUUGUUGGUAAACUGAGGACUAGCAGAUUUUGGAUCUGGAAACAAUUUGCUACUAGAUCAGUGUUUACUAAGACUAAAGUGUAAAAACCUUCAUUUUUAGAUCAUCAAUGCUUCUGGAACUUUGGGCUUCAGCUUGAUGGGUCAUCAAAAAGUGGUAGAUUUGUUACAGUCCCUAUGUUAAGAUGAUCAGCUCACCAUAGUUCAUACUAUUAUCAAGGUCUGUGAGACUUCAGAAUUAGCCAUGAAGCUAUAUGUCUGCUGGAAUUCAUUAAAAAUUUUGCCAAAUCCAGUUUACUUCUAACUGGGAUGAUUAAAUGUCACAGGUCUACUUUUGGACUCAAAAUGGAAAAAAUAUUUUCCUACCUGUAACAUCACUGUAGAAAAGUUAAACUAUCUUCAUCCUGACUAUGAUGGCUACCACACCAUCACUACUCAUAACGCUGCAUGUGAGAUAGCUUCCUUGGCCAUCAAUCCUAGUAGUCCAUGACUUACCAAGCUCUUAUAUCAACUACCCAGAGACUCAGGCAUCAAAGUCUCUCUAAUGUGGGCCUUUCAAUGAGAUGGCCUUCUUAAACUUGUCUUCAAAACCGUUGAUUCUUUUGAGCUUGGUAGUACGUUACAUUCUCAGUACAAUAGACAAAUGCAUCAUCAUGGCCCUGGAAAUACAAAAUAUUAUUCCCAUCAUCCAGGCAUGCAAAUCUGAACUCUUUAAGAGCAAGAAUUCCAAACAUGCCUGACAAUCUGUUCUCUCUUGAAAUAAAGAGGGAUGUCAUUAGUCUAGACUUCGUUGAGAAAUCCUUGAGAUGUAAAGUGUGACUGGGUGUUUUCAAGAUACACAGCUGUUUCUGGAUAUCUAGAUGAUAAUAUCUUUUUAUUGAAUUCUUGAAAGGUUGGAAUCAAGACUUCAGUGACAUAUUCUUGGUUAACUUGGUUAAUUUGUCAUGUAAUCCAACUGGACUAACUGUUACUAAGAGAUGAUUUACAUUUUGCUCCCAAUAAUGAAUCUCCAUCUUUCUGGAGCUGGCAGCAGAUACCUCAGUUAUGUUAGUGUCCCACAGUGUCAUCUUUAAUCUCAAGGCAAUGGCUGUAUAAUAUACCAGCCCCUGUGUCCUUCUCUUCACAGCAUGACUUUUAAAGUAGAAAAAGUGUCAAGUUUGAGGAGGUCUGAACACUUCACCUGAUGUAACUUGGCAGCCAAAAAAUAAUUUUUUCUCAAAAUGUAAUUAUGUAACUUCUUGGUUGUUCAAACACCUGCUUUUUCUUAAUUUUUAAUCUGCUUGAUCAAAAUGUUUUAGGUAUACUAUUAGUGGAAUAUAGCACUGUCUUAAGAAUUUAUGUGGUUUCUGUUUCUUACCAUGAUUCUUGCAUCUUAGUGGUUGACAUUUUCUGUGACGCUCACCUUUUUGUAAUUCAUUAGACAACUCAUUCCUUCAUUCAUACCUAUAUUCAGCACUCUGCUUAAUCUACAUUUCUUCCUCUUGUUUUUGAGACAAGGUCUCACUACAUAGACCUAGCUGACCUAGAACUUGAUAUGUAGACCAGGCUGGCCUUGGACCCAUAGAUCUGCUUGGCUCUGCCUCCAGAGUACUGGAAAUAAAGGCAUGUGCCACCAGGCCCGGCUGCCUCUUUUCAUUUGUGCCGUAUAGAUUGAAGGCACGGAUUUCCCAACUUGGAAGAAGUUACUUUGUCAGAUAAUUUCAGUGUACUAUAUUGGUCCUAUUUGUUGUCUUUGUAGACUAAACCUGAACUAGUUAUUAUGAUCAUUUAGCAAAUUUAACCGGAUUGUAUCUAGGGUUAAUAUUUACCUUAUUUUUCUGUGUGGUCAACAAAACUUUACUUUGACUUCCUUAGGUUCGUACCAGGGCUCUCUAAGGUGUCUCUCGGAUGAACUCCAGAAAAACAGACUUUUGUAGCUUCUCAUAAAUGCUCUUCGAAGGGGUAGUAGGCUUAAGCCCGGACUGGUAGCAGUGCAGUGUCUUCUGAGAAAGGAGUAGCCACUCAGACUUCACCGGGGAAAGGUGCACGUUUCUGACUAGUUGAGGCUGCUUCAGAUUGUUCCUUCUUUUCCAUCUUGCCCUGAAUUAGAUGCUAUAUAUCACAUACGAUUUAUGAGAUACUCCUGUUGUUCAAAAUGAAACAAAAAUCAAUAAUGCUUGACGAUGUAUUCUUUGAAACUGUUUUGGCAUUCCUACCUAAUUUAUUUGUGCCCAUCCCUGCUUUAAAUUUUAGUAGACAGCAAGCAAAAAAGCACAUAAAAUUUAGCACUUUAAUAAUUUUCACAUUAUUAUACACUCUUAAAAUUUCAGGACAGCCCUACCCUCAUCUGAGAUGUUUAUAUUAUUCAUUAAUGAGGUAAAAGUAACGUUGCUUGAACCACUUAUUGGUAAGCCCAAGCAACUCUAGAGAAUUCAGUUUUCCUGGAAGUGAAAAGUGUCAGGAAACCACCAGAUUGGUGAUCAAACAGACAAGCUAAGAAGUAUUUGGCAGUUGAGUCAUUUGUGGACAGAGUAUGGUAGGGUGGGAGCACUCUUAGCUGUAGCUACUUGACUCAGAACUAUUCCAGCAUCCUUCACCUGCUUAUCUUUUUUUUUUUUUUUUUUUUUUUUUUUUAAUUUUAAACCUCUGGCAUACUUGAAUGUUGAUGAUGGUGUUAUAAAAGUAAAAGUUGGUACUUGGUCUAGUGAGACAACCCCAGUAGACAGUCCAGUAGAAUAUAGCAUUUAGGUUUAACCAGAUAAACAUUUAGAUUGUGUCUGCCAUGUGCAGAACCUGCAACAGAAUUUCCUGUUAGAUUGACUUCUGAGUGAGAAUAUCACUAGCUUUUUUAGACACCUUGAAAUACUUAAAAGUUUAAUGAUUUGGUUUUUUCAAAAGAGAUGUGUUUAGUGAUCUUUUCCUUCAAAAUGUCAUUUCUUGACUAGACAUAAGAUGUAUUUGAAGACAAUAUGUUUUUUGUAGUUACUAUGUAUAGAGAAAUACUAUUUCCAUUUAUUGUUAUAUAAAGUGCCUUUUUAAAUUUCACUCUUCUGUUUAAGACCUAACCCUUGAUGUGGUAUUUAUGUGACUUCUGUACAGUGAUUUACUUAGUUUAUUAUCUUUAUUAUCUGUACAAUUGCACUAUUUAAAUGUACUUCUGAAUGCUAAUUUGUUUUCUUUAUAGCACUGUUGCUAAUUUCAGAAGGUUAUAGAAUAAAUCUCUAUUUAAUUAAUGUCACAGUUCUUUUUAGGUUUUAGUGAUUGGCUCUGUUUCUAGACAUAAAUGUAACUCUUUUUUCUUUGCAUGUUCUAGAUUUUCUGAUUGAGUCGUUUGUCUCACAUCUAACCUUGUUCAUAGCCAUAGUAAAACAACUUUUAUGUGCUUGAUGUGUUUACUGGGAUAGAAGAAGCAAGGACAUUUUAGACAGUAAAGUUGAUGGCACUCUAUACUCAUAUAUAGUAGUCUGUGGCAGCUUCCUUGUCAGUAUAAUUAGUUUUGUUUUUUUUCCCCUUUUUAAACUGGCAGCUUCUUUAUCAGUAUAAUUGCAUUUAUUUACUUAGCCUUCAAAGUGCCAUUUUGAGGGCAGUAUAUAUUCUUUCAGGCUACUUUACUGCAUUAUACCUAAGUGACCUGAUUGAUAAUGUCCUUAAGGGCCUGAUAUAUACAUCCAGGAUAUAUACCUCUCAGGUAUUGUAAGCAAGGAGGUUGAAAAGACAAAGUCCAGAAUUCCCGCUCACUGUAGAAUUGGAUACUAAUAAGGGUGAACAUAAAGGUUAGCAACACAUUCAUCAUUCUUGAAGGUAUAGUUUAACUGGGAUUCUGCUGAAGGCUUGAAAUAUUAUGGGUUAGAUCUUUUUAGAAGUAGAAGAUUGCAAUAACAAAUAACUUUUCUUUCUUCAAUGUGAGGCAUAUUUUGCCCCAGUUUUGCACUGUCUAGUUUCCCUGUUUUUGAAAUUUACCCUGAUGUACUUAAUGUUGGUGGCUAGACCAAUAACUGAUUGUUAGUGUGGAUAUAUCUUAUGCAUGUCAUUCGGUUGGUCAGAUUGAUUCUGUAUGGUUUUUAGUGGACAUACAACUAGUCAGUUCUUUUCACUUAAAAUUUAAAGGAGGAAGUUAUCAGUAAGUGAAUGUUGAUUACUGUAUUGAAUGCAAAUCUUUUUUUUUCUUCAUUAUGAACAAGUUUUAUAAACCAUUAAAAUCUAUGGAGUUUCCUGGAUGAUUGAGAAUGGUAUUUUAUUAAAUUUGUUUUCUCUUGUUAGUGGAGUCCCUUUUUGUACUCCUGUGUCAUUAUUUAACUUUAUUAUAAUGCACUUUUGUAAUGCUUGAGAUCUUAGUACUGGAGUUUAUGUUCACUUCCUGUAGGAUGUAGAGGUGGUCACAGUUCAGUUGUGUCUUGAGAGGGCCUUUUGGUAGCUGCUCAAGCUGCCACAAACAUGAUUCUCCAGCUUUCACCUCCUGGGGACAGGGACUUCAGGGGUAUGACACCAUGCUGGGCUUUUAUCAUGUGAUCUUGGUGAGGGUUUUUGAUACUGAUCUGUCUUUACCCAGAAUCUCUUUCCAAAAGGAAGUCUUGAUUUUCUCUUAAUCUUCUUGAUGAUAUUUUUAAUUCUGCCAUUGUAUACUUAGCAGAAAUGUGUGUGCAUGGUAUAUGUGUGUGUGUGGUGAGUGUGUGUUCUUACAGCAUGUAGAGGCCAGAGGUUGAUAUCAGAUGUCUUCCUUAUUUUCACUUCUUUUUCUUUCUUUGAAACAGGGUCUUUUACUGAACUCUGAGUUCACAGGGUUGGCUAGACUAGUUAACCAGCGAGGUUCAGGAAUUCUCUGCCCACUCCACCUCAUGCUCUAUAUUCCAGAUGCGUGCCACUGUGCUCAGCCUUUUACAUGGUACUAAGGUACUUGAGUCCUCAUACUUAUGUGGCAAGCACUUUAUCUAUUGAGCCAUUUCCCCACCUCUCUCUGCCUUGCUUGCUUGCUCAAGUUUUCCUCCCCAUCUCUCUCCCGUCACCUCCCUUCCUUCUCUCUUUUUUCCCCCCAACCACCCUACAAUCCUAUUUCAUGUUCCUAAGUGCUGGAAUUACGAAGUGUGAGCCACUUUGUCCUUCUAGCCAAGAUUUUGAUGUUCAUUUGUUUUAAAUGUUAUUUAAUUUGUAUGUUUAAUAGUCAUAAGCAUUUGUGGUAAGAAUGUAUUUAGUUUCUCCUAAAAUCCUUAAAAAAUACAGGGGCUGAGAAUAAGCUCUGUAGGAACAGUACUUGCCCAAUGUGUGGGAUGCCCUGGGUUCAGACCCCAGUACUGCAUCAAUCGGUAAUAGUAUGUCUUUAAACCCAGCACUUAGAAUGUAGGGCAAGAGAAUCAGAAAUUCAGGGUCAGUCUUAGCUAUAGAAUUAAUGGCCCUCAUGGACUACAUGAGACAUUGUCUCAAAAAGAAAAAAUAUCCCUUAGCCAGUCCAUUCUCAGAAGUGCUUCUUGACUAUUGAACUUUCAUUGAUUUUUUUUAAAAAAAUGUCUUUUGUUUAAUGGCAUUUUCUUAAUUCAAAUGUGUAUAUGUGUAUAUAUAUAUAUAUAUAUAUAUAUAUAUAUAUUUGUUGUUGUUUUUGUCUUUUGAUAUAGUGUCUCUAUAGUCCAAGUUGGCUCUGACUUUAAGACAAUUUCACCUCACUUUCCCAAGUACUGGAAUUACAGGAGUGAGCCAUUGUGUAUUCUUCACAGAUGCAUUCUGUAUAUAUUGUUAAUGGUUAAAUUUAUUAUCAUAAAAUUAAUUUAUAGUAUAGCUCUGAUAUGUUUAAAGUUAGCCAAUCUUUGGGUUUUAAGGGCUUUACUGGUUUUUUUGAUGGAACUAUUGCAGAUGGUUUAUUGGAUUUUUCAAGGUCAGAGUUCUCAGGUUUGUCUUAGAACUUUGAAGACCUUAGAUUUUGUUUUUUUGAGUAUUACAGUGUGUCUAGUAUUCUUGACGCUUCUCUUUGGUAUAAGUGAAAGUAAAUGUAUAUUUGGUGAUAUCUUUUAAAAAUUCUACUUUAACUGUAAAUGCCUCAAGUGUUGCUCUGUUAGCGAUUCUGUUAGUCCUUCUACAAGGCUAGCUUUUCAUGUGCUUUCUUACCCCAUGAACUAUAUGCCAUGCCUUUUGUUUUCUUUCAUUGUCUGUAAGAGUGGCUUUCACAGCAUUCGUUGGGAAGGGACACAGAACUCCCACUUUUAUCUGUGAUGACUGAUUCACACUCUUUGCAUUUCUAAUUCUCUGUCUGUGUUAAGUACCUUACUGUGCUUUCAGUUCAGUGAAGCAGCACUGACCUGAAUAAUAAUGGAAUGAAAUUACCCUUGGUCUUUAAGACACAGGAUGUGUUGUUGUCACUGAUGUUCUUAGUGUGUGUGGCGGGGGGAGGUUCAUAUAUGGUCUCAUUGUAUAGCCCAGGCUGGCUUAGAACUUGUUACAGUCCUCCUGCCUUAAGUGCUAGGAUUCCAAGUCUUGUUUGAAAAAACAUUUCAUUGCUAGCUAGGUGUGGUGGCCCAUACCUUUAAUUCCCAGUAUUAUGGAGGCAGACGUAGGCAGAAGAUCUCUAUCAGUUUUAGGCCAGCCUGGUCUAUAUGGCUAGUUCCAGGCCAAGUUAGGCUACAUAGUGAAACCCUGUAUCAAGAAAAAAAUUAAAUCAACAAUAACAAAACCCUAUUUCUUUGUGGCAGUUUUCCUGUUUGGAAUGCAGCCCAUUCCGUAUUAUCUUAAGUAAAAUAUAUUUAAUAUGUAAAUAGACUCAUUCAGAUUCUUAGCACAGAAUUGUGUGUGUGUGUGUGUGUGUGUGUGUGUGUGUGUGUGUGUUUAUAUUUCUUGUGUAAUAGCUCUGUGUAUUGUGAGUGGUUAGACCACCUUAAUCUUAAUUGCAGUGGAUUUAAUUGUCAGCUACCUGUCUGGAAAGAAAGGCAAGGACAGAAUGUGUAUCCUGUAUGUACUAAGCAUUCUUUAGCUACCUUCAUCUCUGUGCAGAUGUGUCAUUAAGUGAUUUGUUCAAACGGUGUGCCUCCACUUGGAUGCAGACUCCCUCAGGUCACAUGCUGCUGUGUCUUUGAUGGGCAGAUCCUUUCCUGUUUAUGGCUAUACAUGCACUCUUGUUAGUACUUGGUACUAAUUUCUAGUUAUUUCACCUUUCAGAUGAGAGACAGUCUUCACUUUUCAUCAAGGUUCUGGACCAAGGUUAUUCUCACAGUGCUCACAGCUUCUGCUCCACACUUACUCAUAGCCCAGUCACGUGCAGCACUCGUCAAUUUCAUCAUAGUUCUUAGCACUCACUUUCCUGUACUGUUUUUGUUUAGUGAAACAGGUAGAAUGGUGCAGAGGAUUUGAUUUUUAAAACACUAAAGGCUCUGACUUCAGUGUUAGCAAGUCACCUAUUGUCUCAGCUUCCGUUUCCCUAUUUCAGGGUACUAUCUGGGUGUGGUGGCACACACCUUUACAUGCCAGCACUGGGAGGUAGAGACAGGCUAGUCUACAUAGUGAGUUCCAGGACAUCCAGGGCUACAUGGACCCUGCCUCCAGGUAAAUAAACAAAUAAAGUAAUAGCUGCAAACACUUUGAAGAACACUAAAGCCCAAUGCGGAGUUCCAGGACAUCCAGGGCUACAUAGACCCUGCCUCCAGACAAAUAAAGUAAUAGCUGGAGAUAAUUUGAAGAACACUAAAGCCCGAUGCAGAUUUAAUUUUAUAAAUAAUUUUGGUGUUCUGCAUUCUUAGAUUUCCCAUGAAUGGGAUGAUACUGGGUAUAGAAAUGCACUUUUUCUUUUUUUUAUUUUGAAAGUUUCAUACAUGUAUACCAUGUAUCUUGAUUCUAUUCACCCACACUCCCUCCUACUUUCCUGGACCUCCCUAAACACAUCUCCCUCCCAACUUAAUGGCUGUUUUACAAAGUCCCACUGCCUUCAUUUAAUGCUGCCCAUGGGUGUAUAUGCCACCAUGUACAUAAGUGUGGGGGCAUCCACUGGGGCAUGAGCAGCAGCCCAUCAGUCACACAUCAAUAAUAUCCACUGUGUGCAGGCAAGGACUGAGAAAGAUUUGGGUGUACUGAGGGCUGGCUGUGGAGUAAUUCUCACAUGGGACUCUGUCUCAAAACAAAAGCCAAGAAAGAGCCAGGUAUUCUUUUGAGUGCCAAUACACUGUAGUUGCUACUUUAUUCAGGAAUGCCUGUGGUGACAUUGUAGGGAAAAAGGCCACCUAGAGAGGUCAGGAAAGCCUUUCUACCAACUGGCUCAGAGGAACUUUGGAGGAUGUUAGUAUAGCUGGUCUGCUGGAGAAACAGACAUUCAUUUAGGCAGAAGAACUGAAAGACGCAAAGCUAAGACUGUCAUGAGGUCUGUCUGGCUUCAGACCUGUAAAGAGCAGCCUGUAGGGGACAGAAAUGAAGGAAAUUAAACUACAGAGAGGGUAAGUUAUGCAUGAAGUUGUGUUGAUUCCUGUGACUCAAAAGUAUAUUGCUUAUGUGGCCAUCACCUGAAGGUUAUGGCAGUAGACCAGAAAUUAUCGAAAUAAUUUAAGCCCAAGAAAGACCUCAGCAUUGCAUUUCUUUCCUGGGGCAGCUUAAACAGUGAGAGAGACCUUGGGACUGGUGGAGAGCACUGGAGACACAGAAUGUGGUAUCCUUCAUGGCUAAAGCCACAUAGGGUCCUUUAGCCAGUACCUUCUUCAGAGCAGCUAAAUGUGAAACAGUUUCCUGGUAGACUUGCAGAAAAGGAACAUUUGUAAGAAUGUUUAGGUGGCAUCUGCAGGUGUUUUGUGCUCCUGGUAAUUCCAGUAGCCCCCAAACACUUUAUCAACCUUGUUUUCUUCUCUUUUCUUUUUCCUUUUUAUUUUUCUGUUACAGGAUCUCAUGUAGCCCAGGCUGGCUUUGAACUCACUGUAUAGCUGAGGAUGACCUAGACUUUUUGAUACUCCUGCCUCCACCUCUUGAGUGCUAAGGUAACAGACAUGAGCAACCAUGCUUGGCUGUGCUGUGCUGAGGCUCAAACCCAGGGCUUUGUUCAGUGGUAGGCAAGCACCUUACAGUUACAUUCUAAGUUCUCUUUACAUUUGGAGACAGGGUCCACUCUAUAGCCCAGGCUAACCUCAGAUCUGCAGUGGUCCUUCUGCUUCAGCCUCCUGAGUGUGGGAAUUACUGAGCCACUGUGCCUAGUCCUGCUAACUUUUCCUUCCCUCUCUCUUUUCCCUGGCUUCCUUCCUCCCUUCUGUCCUUUUCCUCUGUCAGAGGCAUCAAGUGGCACUCAGGGUUAAAAAGUAACUCUCCUUUAUCACAGUUUCACAUAGUCAAAGGUAGUUAGAAAUCCUCCUUAAAUUCCAAAGUUGUAUAAACUCCUGUGAGCAUGCACAUAAGUGUUUCCUGUGCUAAGAGGGUCUAUCAUUAGAAAAACAAAUAUAGAAAGAUACUAACAGUUUACUCAAAAGCUAUGAGAGGUAGAAUCUUAUUGAAAAGAUUUGGUGGUACAGCUUUCUUGAUGGUAUAAAGUACAUAAUGGGGCAUAUCUGCAUGUUUGGUUUUGACUUUGUUUAUAUAAAGCAGAUAUUCUGUGUACUUUGUAUUUGUGAACAAUUAACUGGAGUGGGAAGGAGAUGGCUUUGUAAAAAGAGGGUUUCUUGAUUUCAAAAUUAUUGCUGGGGUGUUGAAUAUAUAUUGUACUGCAUUGUGUUUAUCUCCUGCUUUAUCUGUAUUUGGAUAUAAAAUUCUUGAGAAAACUUA